CAGGACGCACCACUAGCAUCUUCUUCAUCGUCAACCUAUACUUCCGAUUCUCAUCAUGGGCUGGUUCUGGGCCGACAGCAAGCCCUCCGUGGCGGUAGCCCCCCAUCCCAUACCCAAAGGCGCCGCAUCACCACCCCCUGGCUGCCCAAUGCACAACUCCUCCUCCACAUCCACACCACCAAAAUCGCGCCUCCCCGACGCCGCCUCGAUACCCGCCGGCGCAUGCCCCUACGUGCCCCCAGACACACCCACACCCGCCUCACACCCACCCAGCACCUCCACCGCGUCUCCGCAAACUGCCGCCCCUUCCUCCGGCGGUCUCUUCAACCUUCUUAACAACAUGCCCUUCCUCUCCAACUCCCGGGACUCGACCCACCAGACCCAAGCCCUCCCCCUCGAGCGCGAAAUCUCCACCAUCCCCAAGUCCGACGGCUCCCUCUGGGAGUACCCCUCCCCGCAGCAGAUGUACAACGCGAUGUUACGCAAAGGCUACACCGACACAGACGUGAGCGCAGUCGAGAGCAUGGUCUCCGUGCACAACUACCUCAACGAGGGCGCGUGGGCCGAGAUCGUGGAGUGGGAGCGGCGGUUCUCGCGGGGGCUGGCAACGGGGUGGCAGAACUGCAAGCGCGGGGAGGAGGGGACGGUGUCCUCCGCCAUGACGGGCAUACAGUGGGCGGAUAAGGAGGUCCCAGAGCCGAAGCUUGUGCGGUUCACGGGCAGGCCCGGCGAGCUGACGCCCAAGGCGCAGAUGAUGCAGAUACUGGCGAAGGCGUGGCCGGCGAAGUAUGCGUCGGAGCCGCCGUUUGAUCGCCAUGAUUGGUUUGUGAGGAGGUGUGAUAAGGAGGGGGCGUGCAAGGAGUUGCGGUAUGUGAUCGAUUAUUAUGAGGGCCCGCCGGAGCCGACGGGGGAGCCGGUGUUUUAUCUGGAUGUGAGGCCCGCGGUGGAUGGGCCGGUGCAGGCGGCGGAGAGGGUAAUGCGGUGGGGAGGGGAUGUGUGGUAUAGGGCUAGUGGAGGGAGUGCGAGAGAGGCAGAGAGACAAAAGGAGGAAGCUCAGUCGGCGCUUAAGAUGGUGGAGGAGCAAAACCAGCGACGAAGAAUGGCGCAGGGGCAAAAUUGAUCACUGAGCGAGGAAGAACAGAUAUGGACUAAUCAGAUGGAUGAUGGUAUGUGGGUUCAGCGGGCGUUUGAAUAGCCCUUUCAGGAGCUUUUUGGAAUGGGCAUUGUAUCAUAUGGGUCGGACGCAUUGCGGUCAGAUUUCUGGCUCUGAAUGGGCUGCGCUUUUCUUGAUCUUACUGUUAUAUUUCUAUUCCAUACUCCUCUCUUCGCACCUUGCGAGGUGCUGGUUUUGUCAAUCGUCCUAGUUUCUAGCACUUAUACUCUAUACGAACGUAAUGUCCUAGGUCCCGUCAAACCAGUCCAGUC